UUUGUGGCAACUGUCGAAUGUUAAGCUAAGGACAAGGCUUCAUGAGUGUUCCCAUAACACACACCCAUGUCGCAACCUAACCUACAGGCUAUUUCUUGAUGUGAUUUCAAGCACGUGUACGUAAGGAGACAGGAGAACCUUCUGACUGCUUAUUCGAACUGGUAUUAUUUCUCAGGAAUUUUUAAUGGCUGAUAUUGAUGAGUAAGGAUAAUUUGACUUAAGAUGAGAUAUUUUUGGGCAGGAUUUAGAGGGAAAAAUUCAUUAAAAUGCAUAGGAAAUACUCAGGUUUUUUUUUUUCAGCUGGGGAGCGAACCCAGGGCUUUCUGCCUCCUAGGUAAGCGCUCUACCACUGAGCUAAAUCCCCAGGCCCUACUCAGGUUUUUAUAAUCAAGCCUGGACGAAAAUUUGGUCUUGCAUGCAGGAGUUGUUCAGUGGCUAUGCCCUGGGAAGGUCUCCAGGAAAGGGCACCUCAGCUUAUGCACUGUACAGGGAGACUAUUAGCAGGGAGGCAAUGUCUGUUCACCAUGACAUCAGGGACCUUCUUGGACAUUCUAUUGUGUCCUAGAGAGUUCUUGGCAUACUCUGUGAUGUCACCAGUGUUGUAGUAACCACCAGUGCCCUACUUUUUCUCAGUCCCUGCCUGGCAGAUACACAGGAAGACAUGUUUUCCCAGCUUCGCAAGAAUUUUGGGAGAGUGAACGCCGAUUUUGGACAGACUGGAGUGAGGGAAUCUCGCCUUUCAUCAAAAAUAAAUGAUGGACGACGAAAGCUGGCCUGGGGAAUGCUGAACGGUGGGAGACUGACAUCAUCCCCUGGCCCUGUGGUAAUCAACAAGGAGGCCCACACGGAGAACACAGAAGAGCAGAGACUGAUUAGACAGCUGCAGUCAGCUACUGAGGAGAGAAAUGAGCUAAGGGAUCUCCUGACUUACGUGACAGAGAGAUACAGGAACAACAGGGCCAGCCGCUACAUCAGGUCAAAUCCAUUUUAUGAAAAAUUGAAGAUAAAGGAGAGGGAGGUCAUGUCAUUACUGCACAACUUAGAGAUGAGGAACAUCGAGCAUUGUGAGAAAUUUCAGGAGCUCCAGAAGGAGAUUAACUUUUAUCGCUACCUGCCCAGCCGGAUCCAUAUGGACAAGAUAUGUGUGCAGAAGAAGUUGUUCCCAUUCAAGAAGGCGAGCAAAGCAGAACAUCUGGAUUGUGCACCGCUGGUACAGAAAUACUUGAUUGACUUGCACAAGAAUGAUAAGGAUGAACAGGAUAAGAAGAGCAACCUCCAGACCCAGCAACAUCUGGAUAACACCACUUGAGAGAAGACUUGGGGACUGCAAUGCCAUUUUGCCUGCUAGAGGAGAAACAGCAAUAUAACUGUGCUUCAAAAUGUUCACUAAGAAUAUGCUGUUUAGAAAUAUUUUUUUAUGAUUUUAAAUGAAGUUUUCUUUUUGUUAUUUCAUAGUUAUAUGUUCUUGUUAAUAUUUUUCACGUUUGAAAAUACUUUUAAAUAUAUUAAUAUUCAUUUUAAUACUUUUUUGUUUUAAAUUGCAUUCCUUAUGAAUAAAAUUUGAUUUGUAAGUCUUGACUCU